GGAAAAGAGCUUUAAUGGACUGGUGUGGAAAUGAAGGUUUACUUAGUAGUCAUUAUAAGUAUCCUGUAUGUAGGAAGGAUAUGCAUCUAGUUGAACGUAAAAACCGUUUAGAUGGAUUUGAACGGGUUUGUACGAAGAAAAGUUCACAUGGUCACUAUGUGAAGCGUUCGAUCAGAAAGAGUAUGUGGUUUGAAAAAAGUCAUUUGAGUACGACUGAUAUUUUGAUUUUUACAUGGCUCUGAGUGUGCGAAGAGAACUCAAAAAUCAUGGAGAAUGUAGAGCUUGAUUUGAAGUUUCUUCCUGAGAAGUAUGAUUCAAGCAAUCCCUUGGUAAUAAGUAGUAAAAAAAAAGCUGUGAAAGUGGCAGCAAAAAAAUCAUCUAUUACUUCUAAACAGUUAUCAAAAAAACAACGGAAAAAACUAGAAAAAAUUUUAGAAAAGAAGAACAAGAAAUUAAAUAGAGCUGAACUUCUUGAAAAAUUAAGUAAAGUGCAAGCCGUGCCAGAAGAUUUAGAACAUCUGACAUCUACAGCAGAUAUGCAGACACUUGGAGUGAAAAGGUUUUCUGAAGGAAUAAUAUUAAAGCCCUCUACAAGCAAUCUUAAAAAAAUAAGCAAUAUUAAAGGUAGCAGAAAAAACUGUGAAAAUCCACCCAAAAAACUUAAACUAGACCUAAAUUUUGUAGAUUUUAAUGUUGAAAGUUCUGAUUCAGGUUCUGAAUCAGAUAGUACUGAUGAUGGAAAUUCACCUGAUAAAUUAGAGGAGAAAAUGCAGGCUGUAGAUUCAGAUGAAUGUGUUAAUAACAUUCUGUCUGAAAAUGAAGAAAUUUCUGUUAAAAGUAACUUUACAUCUGAUGACAGCAAUAAGAUAGAAAAUAUGAUUGAUGAAAGUAAAGAGAAAAAUAGUAAAGAAAGAGAAAAGGAAUGUGCGAUUGAUGAAAAUAAAAAUGUCAGUGUAAAAGUGAAUGAUUGUGAUACGCAAGAAAGUCGGGAACCUGCUGUUUAUGUAACUCUUAACCGACUGCCUGAAAUACAGGUAUGUGGAUUUAAUUUUUCUUUAUUCAAACUCAAAAUAAACAUACCAGUUUGAAACUUAAAAUUAACCAAAAUUCUUUUUUCAUUGAUAUUGGUUUUAUAGAAAAAUCAUAAAACUAUGCAGUUCAAUUCUGACUAUCACAUUAUUCAAAUCUCUC